AUGGGAAAACAAGGGCUCAAGAUCAAGCUCACCGUGCACGUGGGCGUGGACGCCGCCGCCAAGGCCGUGGUUCUCGAGCAGCGCGGCCGGAACCGCGGGUAUCGCGAGACCGACGUCCGUGGCUUCCGGCCCGAGCACGGCGUGUGUCCGGAUGGCCCGGAAGUGAUUGAGUCGCGGGUCAACAUGAAGGCGGUCAGCAGGCGCGUGGCUGUGGAGGGCGUGGAGGUGAUGUUCUCCCGUGAUGCGGGCAGAUACGUCUGCGAUUACACCUACUACCUGUCUUUGCAUCUCGGAGAUGGGCGUGCGGCGCUCAUCCACGUGCCCCCGUUGUCUCCGGGGCUCCCCGCCAGCCUGCUGGGAAAAGCCCUGCAAGCCGUCAUCCAGGAGAUGCUGGAGGAGGAGUUGUUACAGAGAUGCAGUGAGAGAAUGGAGGUGAAGGUCCCUCAGUGAUGGGAGGCCACCAGGCUGCUGCCGGACCCGUGAGGAGGAAGAGGAACGGCCCUGCUGGACCUGAGGUCUCAGGAAGUGGCACGGUGGGGACAGGUCCUCCUAACACUUCUGAAGACCCAGCGCCUUCACGCUUCUGAGGACAGGUGCAGAGCUCACCACAGCA